AUAAAUCAAUGUAAAAAUGUGGGUUUAUAAACAGAAAAGCCCAAAAAACACGCCCACACUCUCACUGUACUCCGAGCUCUGCUCCCAAAGUUCCCUAUUUCUGCAGGUGGAGGAAAAAAAGUUGAAAUUUUGUGGUGGAAUUUUGCAGUUGAGUCCCAGGAGAAAUCAGGAAUGCUGGAGGCCGGAGUGUUGACAAGCUACGGCGGCGAGAGCGGCAGCGAGGAGGAGCUCACGGUGCUCCCAAGGCACACCAAGGUGGUGGUCACUGGCAACAACAGGACGAAAUCAGUGCUUGUCGGGCUCCAAGGGGUUGUAAAAAAGGCAGUAGGACUUGGAGGGUGGCAUUGGCUGGUUCUGACAAAUGGCAUAGAAGUUAAAUUACAGAGGAAUGCCCUUAGUGUAAUUGAAGCUCCAACUGGUAAUGAGGAAGACAAUGAUUUUGUGUGUGAAACUAUGCAGUGGAAUGUUUCUGAUAUGGCCUCUGAUGAAACACAAUCUCAGAAGCCACAUCGACCGAGAAGUAGGCCACAUAGAUUGUCCAGUCACAAAUCCUGGAGCCGGUCUCAAUCCUGCGACUCACAAUCUAAAGACUCUGUUUCAUCUUCUCAGGAGACUAAGCAAUUGGAUGAGCGGCAAGUAAUUGUGGGAUUCGUGCAAGCGGCCAAGAGACUUAAGAGCUUAUGCAGUUAACAUCGACGACAUGGUUAAGAGAACGAGAAAGAAACUCAACUGCCUUUGUGCGUUAACUUAUCGGCACUAGGAAAGGUCUUUUGCCUUGUGUAGUUAUGUGAUUUUAUGUAAUAUAUUGUGUCGCUAGAGUUUUAGGAGCUGAAACAUGUACGCAAAGUGGGUAACUGGGUGCUUUUGGGUGGCUAAUAGGUGUCUGAUAUUGGACUUGUAAUGUUGAUAUGCACCGUUUAAAGAUCCUGGUGCUUGUUGUGGCCAGUAUCUUUCUUGUGCUCUCUGUCUAUGUCAAUGUCAGAAGGAUUCUCUCGAGAGGUGUAUUUCGAUACUCUUUCCUAUGAAAAAUUGGAAAAAUGAACCAUUCUUCUUA